GCAGGUGGUAAACACAGCUCCAUCGUCCUCUCGAGGGCUUGGUAAUUUCUUCAGAAUCUAACCAGAGUUCUCCAUGUAGUUCGUCGUCAGCUCCCAAUUUCUUCGCCGAUCUCGUUUCAGCUGUAUUUGUGGGUUUCAUUGCCGCAGGUGAAACUUAAGCUGGAUAGAUAAAGGUUGCUAUCUUAGACAAGAUGGCAUCUUCACAAAAUGUUGAGUUGGAAGCAGCAAAGUUUCUGCACAAACUUAUUCAAGAAUCUAGAGACGAGCCAGCAAAAUUGGCUACAAAACUCUACGUGAUACUGCAACACAUGAAAUCAAGUGGGAAAGAACAUUCCAUGCCAUAUCAAGUAAUUUCGAGGGCCAUGGAGACUGUCAUCAACCAACAUGGUCUUGAUAUUGAAGCUUUGAGGGCAUCACGCCUUCCUUUGACUGGUGGAACUCAGAUGGGUGAUUCUUCAACUGCACAGUAUGCGGGUUCUUCCAGUGUUGUCGGUACUGCCAAAGAUUCCAAAAUGGGUAUAUCUGGAAAUGAGAUGUCCAAAAGUGGCGCACUUGCUUCAAGCAAGCCGCCUGUUGGCCCAAGUAGUACAGAUCACGAUUAUUAUCCAGGUUCUGCAACCCAUCGGAGUGGUCAAUCUUUUGAUCAAGAAAGUCCAUCUAGUUUGGAUUCAAGGUCUGCCAACUCACAGUCACAAGAGAAGCAUGAUUCAGUAAAUUGGGACAAACAAUUAAAUGAUAAGGAUGGCAAAAAGGGCAGCAAGAAAAGGAAGAAGGUGGAUACAUCAGUUGUGGAUCCACCUAGUGACAAUACUCAUCAACUUGAUACACGCAACUCACUGGUUAAUCCUAGGAAUGUAAAAACGAACAGGGUUGAACCUGUGGCAUAUCUAGUCAAGGGAGGCAAUAUUGAACAGGCAAAGCAUGGAUUGACGAAAGCUACUGAAAAGCCUAUUGAACCUCAAUUGUAUUCUGUAAACCGCGGUGAUGGGACAUCUACCUCCAAUGAAAAAGUUUUGGAGAGUGAACUACCUAUGUCUAGCACAUCAUCAGUUGAUGCUACGAAGAUGAUCCAGGGUACAUGGCGGAACAGUGCACCAGAAAUGAGUAUGUUACGCAACCCAGUUUCUAGAGAAGCAGGAAAGCUUCCUGUUUCUCAGGUUCCUACCUCAUCCCAAUCUCGUUUACCUUUCAAGGAACAACAAUUGAAGCAACUUAGGGCACAGUGCCUCGUGUUUUUAGCCUUCAGAAAUGGUUUAAUGCCAAAGAAACUGCAUCUUGAAAUUGCCCUCGGGAAUAAUUUUCCUAAAGAAGAGGGGCUUCGCAAAGAUGUUGAUCCUAGAGGUAUUGCUCAAUCUUUUAACGAGGCCAGAAGUUCUACUGAAGUCAUGAUGCCAUCAGGAAAAUUGGAUGCUGCAAGGGAAACAGGUAUGGUGGCCCCAGGCGCCAUAUCUGCUGGAAGAAUUUUUGAGGCUGACCCCAUGAAAGAUGUAGAUAAUAAGAGAGUGGAGGAUAAAAAGGGUACACCUUCUGAUUAUUCUGUUCAAGCAGAAGUAAGAAAGACAGAGGCUGAAGUUAUGCGGGAAAAAGCAGCUUCUCAAACAUGCUUGAGCUCUGGAUCACACCCGCCUAACUUUUCAAGUGCAAGGGGGAUUUUAACUGCAAAUAAUCCUGUUGAGGAUUUGGAGAAUAGCAAUCUUCAAGCCCCUGCUGCCAUGGGUAUGAGCAAGCCUCUAAACCCUGAAACAGUUAGCUGGACUGGAAUUGGCAGCACAAAUGAGGUUUCUAGGGGAAGUCUACCAGCCUUUGCUAGUCAGCAUGAGCUGGUAGUUGAUAGGAAGAAUGAUGUAUCUGCUCAGUUGCACGUUGUUCGGAACAACAGUGGUUUAGGGAGUCAACAUAUUGAUAGUCAGUCUUCUUUUUCAAUGGGAGAACGGUGGAAACCUAUCUCUGGGACAUAUGAUCAGUACCAUGCUGUAAUGCCUUCUAGAGAUGCAAGUGUGAUCCCAAAUCUUGCAUCUCAUGAUGAUAUGCAUGUGCCAGAAUCUGAAUCCAGAUGCAUCACAGAGGUGCAAAAAGUGGCAUCUAUUGACGAAGGGAAAAAUGUCAGCCUAAAUACUCUGGAACAAGAAGAUGAUGGUAAGUCAGUGCCAUCUGAUUUGCCAAUGUCUCCAAAGUACACCAUGUCAGAGAAAUGGAUAAUGGAUCGGCAGAAGAAGAAACUCCUGAAUGAGCAAAAUUGGUUACUGAAACAACAAAAAACUGAGAAACGUAUUGCCACUUGUUUUGAUCGGUUAAAGGAUACCGUCAGCUCGUCAGAAGAUAUAUCUGCAAAAACUAGAAGUGUUAUAGAAUUGAAAAAGCUUCAACUUCUGCAGCUUCAGCGCCGCCUCAGGAAUGAUUUUCUCAAUGAUUUCUUCAAACCAAUUUCAACUGAGAUGGAUAGAUUGAAAUCUUUCAAGAAGCAUAAACAUGGUAGGAGGAUUAAACAACUUGAAAAAUUUGAGCAGAGAAUGAAGGAGGAGAGGCAAAAGAGAAUUCGGGAGAGGCAAAAGGAAUUCUUUGGUGAGAUAGAAGUUCACAAGGAAAGACUUGAUGACGUAUUUAAAGUUAAGAGAGAGAGGUGGAAGGGUUUCAAUAAGUAUGUCAAGGAGUUCCACAAAAGGAAGGAACGAAUUCAUCGUGAGAAGAUUGACAGAAUCCAGCGUGAGAAGAUCAAUCUUUUGAAGAUCAAUGAUGUAGAGGGGUAUCUUCGAAUGGUGCAGGAUGCAAAAUCAGAUCGUGUUAAGCAACUUCUCAAGGAGACUGAGAAAUAUCUUCAAAAGCUUGGAUCCAAGCUACAAGAGGCAAAGUCCAUGGCAAGCGAUAUGGAUGAUGGAGGAGCUGUGAAUGUUGCUGAAAAGAGUGAAACUGCGAUUGAAAAUGAAGAUGAAAGCGAUCAGGCAAAGCAUUAUUUAGAAAGUAACGAGAAGUACUACAUGAUGGCUCAUAGUGUUAAGGAAAGCAUAGGCGAGCAGCCUUCUUGUCUUCAGGGAGGAAAGUUGAGAGAGUAUCAGAUGAAUGGCCUUCGGUGGCUUGUUUCAUUGUAUAACAACCAUUUGAAUGGAAUUCUUGCUGAUGAAAUGGGGCUUGGAAAAACUGUUCAGGUAAUUUCCCUAAUCUGUUAUUUGAUGGAGACUAAGAAUGAUCGAGGUCCCUUUUUGGUGGUUGUGCCAUCAUCAGUUUUACCCGGAUGGGAGUCAGAGAUAAACUUCUGGGCCCCUAGUGUGCUUAAAAUUGUGUAUUCUGGACCUCCAGAAGAGCGGCGUAGAUUAUUCAAAGAAAGAAUUGUUCAUCAGAAAUUCAAUGUACUUCUGACCACAUACGAAUAUCUGAUGAACAAGCAUGAUAGGCCAAAACUGAGCAAGAUUCAUUGGCACUAUAUCAUAAUUGAUGAAGGCCAUCGCAUAAAGAAUGCUUCAUGCAAGUUGAAUGCUGAUCUGAAGCACUAUCAGAGUUCUCAUAGAUUACUCUUGACUGGAACACCACUGCAGAACAACCUUGAAGAGCUGUGGGCAUUACUGAACUUUUUGUUGCCAAAUAUUUUUAAUUCAUCGGAGGAUUUUUCACAGUGGUUCAACAAACCAUUUGAGAGUAAUGGUGAUAAUUCAGCUGACCAAGCCUUGCUUUCCGAAGAGGAGAAUCUUUUGAUCAUAAAUCGACUUCACCAAGUGCUUCGCCCGUUUGUUCUUCGGAGGCUUAAACACAAGGUGGAAAAUGAACUGCCAGAAAAGAUUGAAAGACUUGUACGAUGUGAGGCUUCUGCAUAUCAGAAACUUUUGAUGAGGAGAGUAGAGGAUAACCUUGGUUCGAUAGGAAGUACAAAGGUCCGGUCAGUGCAUAACUCGGUGAUGGAGUUGCGUAAUAUUUGUAAUCAUCCUUAUCUAAGCCAACUUCAUGCAGAGGAGGUUGAUAAUUUGAUACCUAAGCAUUACCUGCCACCAAUUGUUAGACUCUGUGGAAAGCUCGAGAUGUUAGAUAGAAUAUUACCAAAGCUAAAAGCAACCGAUCAUCGGGUUCUCUUCUUUUCCACCAUGACUAGACUGCUUGAUGUUAUGGAGGAAUAUCUUCAGUGGAAACAAUAUCGAUAUCUACGAUUGGAUGGACAUACGUCUGGGGGUGAUCGUGGAGCACUAAUUGAGUUAUUUAAUGGGCAAAAUUCUCCCUAUUUUAUAUUCCUUCUUAGCAUUCGAGCUGGUGGUGUGGGAGUGAAUCUCCAAGCUGCUGAUACAGUGAUUAUCUUUGACACAGACUGGAAUCCACAGGUUGAUCUACAGGCGCAGGCAAGGGCUCAUAGGAUUGGCCAGAAGAGGGAUGUGCUUGUUCUUAGAUUUGAAACAGUUCAAACAGUGGAAGAACAAGUGAGAGCUGCUGCGGAGCAUAAACUAGGAGUGGCUAACCAAAGUAUUACAGCUGGUUUUUUUGACAACAAUACAAGUGCUGAAGAUCGAAGGGAAUAUUUGGAAUCUCUUCUACGCGAGUGUAAGAAAGAAGAAGCUGCACCUGUACUAGAUGAUGAUGCUCUGAAUGAUCUCCUAGCACGCAGUGAGUCAGAGAUUGAUGUGUUUGAAACAGUCGACAAAGAGCGGAAAGAGCAUGAGAUGGCCACAUGGAAGAAGCUGGUACUUGGUCAUGGAAAUUUUGAGCCUGUUCCUUCCAUCCCUUCACGUCUUGUAACAGAUGAUGACCUGAAAGUAUUCUAUGAAGCAAUGAAGAUAACUGAAGAAGUACCAAAAGCUGGGGAGGUUUCCCAUGUAGGGGUGAAGAGGAAGAGUGAAUAUCUUGGAAGUCUUGACACCCAACAUUAUGGGAGGGGGAAGCGGGCAAGAGAGGUGCGAUCCUAUGAGGAACAGUGGACAGAAGAGGAAUUUGAAAAGAUGUGUAAGGUCGACUCACCUGAAUCCCCUAGACCAAAGGAGGAAGCUGUGGCAGGAGAACCAUCGGCUAGUAUUAGUGGAUCAGUUGUAGCAGCUGUUUUGAAGACAGAAGUUCCUGCUUCCUCUCCUCUGCCUCCUGUUCAGCCUUUGCCUCAGCAUCAAACACCACCUUCGAAGCGGGGUCGUGGAAGACCAAAAAGAUCAACUGUUGAUAAGUUGCCUGCUCCAGUGGUUCCUCCUCCGUCUCUUUCUAUAACAGCCAAAAUGGAGACUGGGUUACAAGGGGAAACUAUUUCAAGCAUUUCUAAAACUGGCUGUCUUGAUUCUUUGCCUGGUCAAGGAAUAACCAGUGAAAUUGCUUCAGGGGCUGCUCCAAAUUCUCAGUUAACUAGCUCAGUGCCUUCUAUAACUCCUGCCUCUGAAUCCGCUCCAGCUUGCUCCCCUGCUCCAAUUCAAGCGAAAGGUCAUGGUCGAAAAACUCAAACUGGACAAGAAGCUCCUCGGAGAAGGGGAAAAAAACAGGGGAUAGUACCACCUCCCGUUCCUGGCAGUCUAUCCUCUGAUUUAAAACAAGAUGACCUAGCACGGGGUAAACCGACAAACCCAGUGGCAGGUCAAGUUAAUGUUCCAAGUGAUGUUGUUUCUAAUGCUUCUGCAACCCAGCCUCCCACUUCUUUUCCUGGUUCUGCCCCUUCAAAACCUGUCUCUGGACCUAAUGAUCAACCUGCCAUUGUGGUUUCAUCAAAUUUGGAACCUACUCCUGCUUUGCCUUCUGUGUCUUCUAUAUCUCAAGUCGCCCCUAAUUUCAUUCCUCAACCUGUACGGCCUAGAGGACCAUAUCGGAAGACUCAGAGUGCUGCAGGAGCCCCAAGACGUCGAGGAAAGAAACAGACGGCAGCAACUCCUGAAUUACCUAACACCACGGCUGGUGCUAGUCUAAGUUUAAAUAUGAAUUUGCAAAAGAACCAUAUUGAUUCUUCUUCAAAUAAUGCUGUUGUUGUCAAUACCACUAUAGAAAAUAUUGCAAAUCAGGCGACUGAUAUUAUCUCUGAGCAAUUGCGCCAGAAACCUGAUGGAAUCACUGGACAGAGUUUGGAAUCUCCUAAGUCAACAGAUAAUUCCAAUCAGGGAAAAGAGACAGUGAGCUUAUCAACUUGUGUUAAUACUGUGGGACAAGGAGGGUCUGCAGAACAUAAUCAAAAUACUGAUUCACGUUGCAUAUCUAUUAAGAGCAAGGAGGUUUCUUCUGGAGAUUGCACCGCCAAAGCAAACCCUUAUGAGGACUUGAGUAAGAGUACUGCUGCUGCCCAGGAUGCAGCUGUAUCAAAUAACAGUGUCGACGAGAAAUUGAAGAGCCAUAGUUUGCGGGACACACCUCAUCCAGUUGCAUCAACUCCAGAACCUUCAGUUCCAGUAUGUGGUCCUCCAACCGUUUCUUUACCUGAUUCUGUUGCUGUGGAGAUGAGUCCCAAAACUGUAAUUAAUGUUGCGCCAGAGACUGCUCCUAGUUCCCAGCCAAUCCAUUCAUUCCCAUCAGUGGCUUCAACCUUGCAAUUUGCGUCUCAAGGUCCGCCACCCGGAUAUGUGCAACCUAAACGUCAAGGUCGUAAGACCCCAAAGAAUAGGGAAGAGCCCCCUCGACGUAGGGGAAGAAAACCAGCCUCAUUUUCUCCUGUCAUUCUUAAUGGUUCAGCUAGCAAGGAAGCUAAAGAUUUGAAUGUGCAUGUGCAACCAGCGGAAUUUGGGGAUUCAAGUAGUAAAGACACAUGCCUAAAAGGUAAAACUGGGACUGAUAAUCAAGAACCAACCAGUGUUCAGAAUGUCGCAGGUGCUACCCAAAUUGUAGAUACUGUGCAGUCCCUGGGUCCAAAAAGAAAGGAGCAAGCACCCAAAACUGCCCAACACAAACAGUUGUUGGCAUCAUCAACAAAAAUUGAUGCUACUGGAGCCUUGGACAGGACCACUAUAUCAGGCCGUUAUCAGACUGCAAAUGUAAAUGAUGUUGCUCGAGUAAUGAAGGAGGUCUUCUCAGGAACUGGCUUGUCAAAAGCUAAAGUUGGAGAGUCUUCUGGGAAAGAAAGCAAGGAUGCCCCUCCAAUGCCUGUUUUGAGCAAGUCGUCUGUGGAGGUGAUCAGAAAUAAUCAGUCAGAGGCUUCUUUAGCUACAGUUUUAAAUUCCAACAUUCAAGUUGGGGCUCAUGAAUUGCAAUCUUCCGUUAAAGCUAGUGAAAUAAGACCAGAUUCUGCAAAUGCUCCAGAAGAAUGUAUCAUUCCGAAGAUCGGUGAUGAAAUUUCUGAAAGUACGAAGGCUGAUGCAGUAAAUAAAUUGGUUGAAUCAAGAGAAACGUCUGCCGCAUGCUCAACUGUGGUUAGUGGCUCUCGAAUUUCAUCAAACUUCAACAAUGCUGACCGUAAUCCCCCAGAAGGCUCACCUAUUUCCUCAAGUCUGGGUGAUUGCAAUUCAUCAAGGACUCCUAAGGUGAUGGAUGAUGUAUUGAAAAGUGAAACAAACCCUGUUGGUGAUGGACUCUUAAAAUCUUCCCCUGAUAGAAGCAUCUAUGAAGUUCCCUCAUCUUUGAAUAAUGAUGGUGAAAGUCGACCUGCUCCUGCAUUGCCAGUCCCUUCUGAUAGCAAUCAUAAAACUUUGAUAACUUCCCCUUCUGAUGCACUCAUGUCAGGUACUGAACUUGAUGUUCAAGGACGCCUUUCUGUAACUACCAUGGAUAUUGAGAGUAAACAUAAUGAAAUGAAUGAUAUCACUCCUGUUCUUGAACAAACGGAUUGUGCCUCGAAGCAGGAUGUUGACAUUUUGAUGGGGAAGUAUAGUGGCAGUGUAGAUCAUUCUGACACAGGUGCACCUAAUACGGUGAAGCAAACAUCGGGAAAUACAUUAGAGCUUCAUUCGGAAGAGUUGCCAAAUUUUCCUUCAUCUGAUGAUGGAAGCGUUCAAGUCCAAGAAGUUUCUGUGGGAAGUCUUGAUGAUUCAGAUAAAGCUAAAUCUGACAGAGGUUCUCUGGAGUUUGAUCUGAUACCUCCUAGAGUUGACGCUGCAGAAUGCUCUUCCAAAACUGAUGUUGAAGAACAGAGAGCACCAGAGUUAAAUGCUAGUAGUAAGUGUAUCUCGGAGGGGAAUUUGAAUGUGGAAGACAAUGCUGAUUUUGUUAAGCAUGAGGAUGUUCCUGAGCCAAUUGCUCUGAUCCAGGAUAGUGAAGAUGACAAGGGUGAUAACCAUGGUGCAUGUCUCAUGGAACCCAAAAAUAUUGGAGUUAAUGCUAAUCUUCAAGUGAUUGCGUCUCAGGAUGAUGUUAUGAUUUCAGAAGACCUUGUGCAAGAAGAUUCAAAUCAUACAUCCAUUGUGCUACAGGAAGGAAUGAUCGAGGGAUCUUGUGAGAUAAAUCGACCUCCUAGUGACGUUCAUGUUGAUCGUAUUGAAGAAGAUAAAUCAGGAAAUUUGGCCCUACCAUUAUCUUCCUCAGAAGUAAAGGAAACAAAUAUGAUGAUGUUGCCCAGAAGUUUAGAUAAUUCAGGUGAUCAAACUGAUUUACCUGUAUCCUCAUCCAUGAUGACAGGUGGAGAAAAUAUUGGGACUUGCAUCACAGAUACGGUAAAAGCUCUCGAGGAUGGUAGACAAUUACUAAAAGAGGUAUCACAAGUUUUGGUUGUGCUUGCUUCAUCCAAUAGGAAUGAUGACUCGUCUCAAAUGGAUCCCCUUGGCACCCCAGUCUCUCUGGAGGGACCGAGUGAGUAUCAAAUGAGCAGUGACCAUAUGGUUGCAACACAGGAUAACACUGUUAUGUCAGAAAAGGCGUCAUCUGUUUUAUUAGUUACUGAGGAAAACAAGCGGCAAAGUUCCUCUGAGAAAACCUUAUCUGAUAGUUCAGAACCGCUGGUGGACUGCAAGGAUUCUGAUAAGGGCAAUGACAAAUUGGUCGUUGCUCGAGUCAACAAGGAACAGCUUUUAAGCAUCACUGAAAACCUCGUUUCCACUGAUUCUUCCAAUCAUCUCACAGUGUCAAAGACGUUUGAAAUUUCCACUGGUGAUCAGAUUAAUGUUCCUCAACCUGGGGAGUCUGAACCCGUAAAUGCAGUUUAUACCUUAAACCAGCCCCCACCCUCGACAACCAUGGAAGAAGACAAAUCUGAAGCCUCAUCUGGUAGUGGUCUAAUUGCUAGCCCUCCACCACCGAAAGACAUUAAAGGUUUUCAUACUGAAACAGAUCCAAUGGACUCUUCUCAACCUGGCGGGAUUUUAAAAGAAAAUAUAUCAGGAGAAACAAAUUUGCCUUCAUCUUCUCCUGUGUCGGAGGAGGUAGGAGAAGGUAUAGUGCCAUCUGAUGCUGAAGUUCAGACAAUCGAUCAAACGGAUACUUCUGAGGUCGGGGAGCCUUCUCUAGAGAAGGCUGUAACAGAAAUGGCCAGUUCAUCAUCUCUACCUGCAGAAAAUGAAAGCUUGGAACGCUCACCAGUUUCGAGUCUGGCUGAUUGUGCCAUUGCAGUUGCAGAAACAGUCGUAUGUGAUGAAGCUGAUGCACCCACAGAAAAUGUAAGGUGCCCACCGGCAAGUGGCUCAUCAGUGCUUGAUCCGGCUGAUGGCAUUGCAGAUGUAGAAAUGGCCAUAUGCAAUGAAGCUGAUGUUCCUCCAGUCAGUGACACGGUGCAGGGUUUGGCUGAUAGUGUCACGUCAGUAGAAAUGGCCAUAUGUGAUCAAGUUGAUGCUCCGGUUUGUGACUCGGCGAACGCAUCAGCUGAUACUGCUGCCAUAUGUGAUCAAGUAGAUGUAACUCCAGCUUCCGAGUUAGCACAGGAUCCAGCUGAUAGUGCCAUGGUACGUGAUCAAGUUGAUGGUCUUCCAGUUUGUGGCUCGGUGCCAGACAACAGGUCUCCAAAUUUGCACCUGCCUCCUGGAUCUCCAGCAGUGGAGCAUGAAACCGGUGAGCAGUCACCGGAGGAGACUCCAGUUAACAAGAGUUCGGUUGACUCAGAAACAGAGGAUCCAAAGCAAAGUGAAUGAAUAGUAGAAUUCUUCUGUACAUUUUUUUUGCGUUCCCCUGAUAUUCAAGUUUUUAAUUCCACGGGGGAAAUUGUAGCUUUAAUUUAUAGAAUCUCUACUGUCAUUUUGUAUGUAUGUAUAUACUAAUUAUGGCUUAGGUUGCCCUUCUAUAUAAUUGGCAGAUUUCUGAUCCAAAUACUGAACUGAACAACCAAAACUCCUUCACAUUGUCCCUUUACAUGUAAUCCGAGGAAGUGUUGUGUUAUGACAUUGACAGAUUAAAAUAUUAAUGAUACAAUCAAGAAUUUUUCAUUA